AUGUCUACCUCUGAAACUAAACCCACCCUCAUCCUCCUCUCAGGAAGUUGGCACAACCCCCAAAACUACCUAAAACUCGUUUCAGCACUCUCCACCUACUCCUACGACCUCCUCAUCCCCUCCCUCCCCAGCAUGAACGGCGCCCAACCACCCACCGCCGACCUCUACACCGACACAGACUUCGUCCGUUCCUACAUCUCCGAUCUCGUUUCUCAAGGAAAACACAUCAUUGUACUGAUGCAUUCCUACGGCGGCCAAGUCGGCACCAACGCCCUUACCGAAUUUGCCGUUUCCACUCGAAAAUCCCAAGGUUUAUCUGGCGGCGUUGUCCAUCUCCUCUACAUCAGCGCAUUCAUGAUGUUAGAAGGCGAGUCUAUGAUGGAUAAAGUUCGCUUAUUCGGACACGAAGAACUCAUCCCCGUCGUCUUCACCAUCGCAGAAGAUGGAACCCACGUGCAUAGUGACCCUCGCACUCUUCUCAUUGGAUCAAAUCCAGAUGAUAAAGUCACAGAAGCAGAAAUCGAAGAAUAUAUCUCGAAUUUGAGUCGAUGGAAUGGAAAUGCGAUGUAUCAGCCUUUGAAAGAUAGAGCGGCGUGGAGAGUUAUUGAGACGAGUUAUGUGAUUACAAAAAUGGAUAUGACUGUGUUUUUGGAUUUUCAAGUGAGUAUGCUGGAGGCAGUUAAGAAAGAGGGAAAGGAAGUCAGGGUUUGGGAGUUGGAGACGGGACACUCGCCCACGUUGACGAUGACGGAUGAGUUGGUGAAGAUUAUUUUGGAGGUUGCGGGAAAGUAUUAA